AGGAUUCUUGUCACCACACGUAGUAAGGAAGUUGCUUCUACCAUGCGGUCAGAAGUUCACUCCCUAAAGCAAUUACAUGAAGAUCAUUGCUGGAAGUUGUUUGCUAAACAUGCAUUCCAAGAUGAUGAUACUAAACUAAAUCCAGAGUGCAGGGAAAUUGGCAUGAAAAUAGUACAAAAAUGUAAAGGACUACCUCGCCUAUUAUACAACAAAUCAUCUGUUUCAGAAUGGAACACUGUGUUCCGAAGCGAAAUAUGGGAACUUUCGAAGGAGCGUUGUGAUAUUAUUCCUGCUUUAGCAUUGAGCUAUAUUCACCUUCCUUCCCAUCUUAAGGUAUGCUUUGCAUACUGUGCCCUAUUCCCCAAGGAUUAUAAGUUUGAGAAGGAGUGUUUGAUUCAGCUGUGGAUGACUGAAAAUUUGUUUAAUUGUCAACACAGCAGAACUCCAGAAGAAGUUGGCCAACAAUAUUUCAAUGAUCUAUUAUCAAGGUCCUUCUUCCAACAAUCAGUUGAAGACGAGGAAGUAUUUGUUAUGCACGACCUUCUUAAUGAUUUGGCAAAAUAUGUUGGUGGAGGCAUAUACUUCAUGUGGGAAUUUGAUCAAAGAGAGAAGAUACAAAAAGUAACUCGUCAUUUUUCAAUUGAACUUGGAUACAGACAAUAUUUUGAUGGGUUUGGAAAGUUAUGUAAUACAGAAAGGUUACGUACAUUUACGCAAAUGGGUGAACAUGUGUUUCGUAUGAAUAUGUCAAUACAUGAAUUGCUCUCCAAGUUUAAAUUUUUACGAAUCUUAUCUCUGUUUAAUUGUUAUGCCCUUGAAGAACUACCUGACUCUGUUGGCAAUCUUGAGCAUCUUCGUUCAUUAGACCUCUCCUUUACGGCAAUAAAAAAACUAACUGAAAAGAUAUGUUCACUCACCCACUUGCAAAUACUGAAGUUGAACUAUUGUCGUGAUUUGGAGGAGUUACCCUCAGAUUUGCAUUUACUCACAAAUUUGUGUCGACUUGAAUUUAUGAAGACUAAAGUGAGAAAGGUGCCACUGCAUUUGAGAAAACUGAAGAAUCUAAAAGUAAUGAUGAGUCCCUUUAUUGUUGGCCAUAGCAAGGAGUUCGGUAUUCACCGGCUAGGAGAGCUCAACCUUGAUGGAAGUCUAUCAAUUGAGGAGCUACAGAAUAUUGAGAAUUCUAUAGAUGCAUUAGAAGCAGAUUUGAAGAAUAAAACAUGCCUUGUGAAGCUAAAGUUGCGAUGGGACUCGAGGAGGAAUAUUGAUUCCAAAAAGGAAGAGGAUGUAAUCGAGAAUAUGCAACCUUCCAAAAACUUAAAGGAGUUGUCAAUCUUUAGCUAUGGUGGAAAACAAUUUCCAAAUUGGUUACUAGAAAAUUCAUUAUGGAAUAUGAUGUCCUUAGUGUUGGAGGAAUGUGAAUCUUGUCAACGUUUACCUCCCCUUGGACUUUUGCCAUUUCUCAAGGACUUGAGGAUUGCAAGACUUGAUGGGAUAGUGAGUAUUGAUGCUGAUUUUCAUGGGAACAAUUCUUCUUCAUUUAAAUCCCUUGAAACAUUGUCGUUCUCCUCUAUGAAACAAUGGGAAAAAUGGGAAUGCCAAGUUGUGGCAGGUGUUUUCCCAAAUCUUCAAAGACUUUAUAUAAAUGAUUGUCCCAAGCUGAAAGGAGAGCUCCCAGAGCAACUUGUUCCUUUGGAAAUACUAGAAAUUACAGACUGCCAACAACUUGAGGCUUCCGCUCCCAGGGCUGUAGAAUUACGAAUACAAGACUAUGGAAAGCUGCAAAUUAACGGGGCAACUUUGAAAGAGCUUAGCAUCGGCGGACACAACAUGGAAGCAUGGUUCGUGGAAAUGGCUGGGCACAUUGUUUCUUGCUCAUUUGCUUUGUGUAGCGAUUGCCAAAUCAGUGAUGAGUCUGUCUCUCUAUGGACCUUUCCAUUACAUUUCUUCCCGACACUCACGAUGCUUAGUCUCAAAGGCUUUACUAAUUUGCAGAUGAUUUCACAGGAUCAAGUUCAUAAUCAUCUCCAAUAUCUGAAAAUCAGAGACUGCCCUAAAUUUGAAUCAUUGCCUGCAAACAUGCAUAUGCUGCUUCCAUCUCUCACAAUGCUUAGCAUAAAAGAUUGUCCAAGACUUGAGUCCUUCCCUGAUGGAGGUUUGCCACCAAAUCUAAAUGAAAUGAGCCUCAAGAGUUGCUUCAGACUUAUUGGCUCAUUGAAAGGAGCUUUGGGAGACAAUCCUUCUCUGAAAAACUUGUGGAUUGAAAAUGUGGAUGCAGAGUGUUUUCCUGAUGAAGGUUUGCUUCCUUUUUCUCUUACUUCUCUAAUGAUUACUAAGAGUCCAAAUCUAAUAAAACUGGACUACAAGGGCCUCUAUCAACUCUCAUCAUCUCUCGAAACACUGACCCUUUACGCUUGCCCCAACCUCCAAUGCUUACCAAAGGAGGGCCUUCCCAAAUCACUUUCAUGUCUUGAA